GUCGAUUUGCGGUUUGCUUUAAAUUUAAACAAAACGAGCAAUAAUAGCUGAGAAUGGCGGUUACCCUCCGCACUGAUGUAGGAGACAUGAAGAUUGAGCUCUUUUGUGAACAAUGCCCAAAAACUUGUGAGAAUUUCUUAGCCCUCUGUGCCAGUGGCUAUUACAAUGGAUGCUUGUUUCAUAGGAAUAUUAAAGGAUUUAUGGUGCAGACAGGUGACCCAACUGGAACAGGGAAAGGAGGACAAAGCAUCUGGGGCACUAAGUUUGAAGAUGAAUUUAGGGAUGAGUUAAAGCAUAAUACCAGAGGAAUUAUUUCAAUGGCAAAUAAUGGUCCAAACACAAAUGGGUCACAGUUUUUCAUUACCUAUGGCAAGCAGCCUCAUCUAGAUUUGAAGUAUACAAUUUUUGGCAGGGUGAUUGAUGGAUUAGACACAUUGGAUGAAUUAGAAAAAUUACUGGUUAAUCCAAAGACAUAUCGGCCACUACAUGACACUCGACUAAACAGUGUGAUUAUUCAUGCCAAUCCUCUAGCAAAAUGACUUUUUUUUUCCAUACAUUUUAUUGUAUAUAGUUUAUAUAAGCUGUUUCAACGUGGUUUGUGGACAUUUGUGUUUGUGAUUCUUCUAGAUAGAGUCAACAAUGGUGGAAUGAAAUGACCUAAAACAUUAAUUGAACUUUUGUAUAGUAAAGUACAGUCAACAUAGUUACUUGAUUUUUUAUUUCAUUGAAAAUACUCAUUUAACUUUACUGUGCCUUAUGAAAGAAUGUUCAUCUUGAAACACCACCAUGCUGAUCCAAAACUUUGUCUUAGAGCCUCAGUUUUUUUUUUUACUUGCUAUUGUAAUAACAUUUACCAUUAAGGAAAAGGUAAAAUAUUAAUUGAAAUCACCCAUUCUUGUUUCUUGACAUUACUUACUCGGUAGGAAUUAAUCAGUUAAUUCAUGAACACAAUGGGUGUGUAUUUUAUUGGACUAUAAUUUGUAUAAACAAUUACCCCCCUCCCUAAAAAAUCAAACUUUAGUGUACAUUUUUUACUUAAGUACUGUAAAACAAAUCAUUCCUUGACAUACAUACAUGAUACAUAGGUUUUAAAUCUGCUAUAAAAUUCAAAACUAGUUUUUCUACACAGAACACAAUAUUUUUGUCCAGUUUUUUAAAACUAACUAAAGUGCAUUUAAUAUUUUAUGGUAAAGAAUGUGUACAUUUAUCCAAAGUAGUUUAAAAAAAAACAGAUUGCUAAAACACUCAGUUGUGGUGAGAACUUAACAUAAAUGUUUAUUUUUGUUAUAUUUCCAAGUUGUUUUUUUUAAUACAGUUUGCUUAAGUUGUUAGCUUUGUACCGUAGUUAAUAAGUGAAAUUCAACACAAACGUAAAUAUUUGAAAAUACAAUUUUUUUUUUAAUUGCAAGAGAUGCAACUGAUAUCUUAGCUACAUGCCCUUUAUUGAGACUAGGCUUUAUUCUGUAAUUGAAAUUAUGUGUGGUUUUAAGUCACUUUUAGUAGUUUAUAAAGGACUUUAAGGUUGGGUUGUAAAAUUGACAUUUCAUCCCUUAACGUGAAUGAUAGGGUGUCUGUCUUCCUUCUGGUUAAUAAUGAAAAAUUAAGGACAGCGACAGAUAGCCUUUGUAGCUUUUCCAUACGUACAUGUUAUUUUGAAAAGAUGCUAAUGUUUUUUUUCGUCUCAAAACAAUGUAAAGGUCUUAACUUGUAGUAUAAUUUAUACGAUUCCUUUCUAUUUCAUCUGGUAUUUUAUGUAUUGUUAUAUUUGAAUUGUAAAGUAUUACUGAGUGUUUUUUUUAAUACAGCAUUCCGCAACAAACAUCAAUGUUUCUGAUUGGUCCACCAUUCAUUUCGUGGUCUCAAGUCAUCGUAUUUAUUGCUCUUAUUGACUAGGACUUUUGUUAAUAGGUGUAUGAAACUUCCUACACAUAAAUCCAAAAUAAACGAAAAUUUGGGACAGUUUUAAAGUAAUGCUCGAGAUAUUUUAUAUUUCCAAGACUGUAAAUUUUUUGUUGUACAAAGCCACAUCAUAUUUACAAAUGUAGCUGAAAUACAGACGUUAUGGAUGCAAACCUUUAGUAUUCAUGUGCGAUAUAAUGUCACAUUAAGACUGACAAUAAUUUAAAUCAUUUUUUUUAACCAUUACAAGUUUCCAGUGAGAAGACGUAUAAUGUCUUUUCAAAUAUACCGUGUAUGAGCUCAACAGGAUGAUUGCGGUUAUACCGCCAUCUGUAUCAGUAAUUCACAAAAAUUUUAGAAUGCAGAACGCGUUAGUCAGCGGAUCAUCACGUUUUGUAGAAAUAUGUGUAAUAUAUUAGCACAGUGAAACUAAUAAUAAUUUUAAUCACAUCAUCGUAUAUUAUAACCCAGCUAGCCUCGUGAACUCUAGUAUUGUGAGAAAGGCCUCGCCAACAGCCAGGGUGGAAUUCAAAUCAGUGGCUGCUCUUCAUAGGAAGAAAAGGAGGCCAUGCCUAACUUGAAGAUUUUGAAAAAAUAUUUUUUUUUAUACUAUUAGCUAUUUUAUUUGUUUGGGUAUAAAAUUUUUGAAAAACUACAAAUAUUUGUAGCAAAAUGCUCAGAAAUCUUCCAAAUGGCAUCUUGUGACAUGAGGCACAGAACAGUUGUAAUUCUCGGCUUUUUUUCUUUCUUUUUUGUCCUCUGUACAAAAUUUAUCUAUGCUUGCAACAGACACACCCAAGCCAUCUUACUGGGUUUAAAAAAGGACAUUUAAGCCAGCCACACAGCUAAAGGAGACGAUUAGAAUCUAGUUUUAAAAACAACCAAUGAAAAUCAUUUUAAGAAAAGUUUGUAACAAGAGCGCGGAAGCCUCACAAGUUCGUUGCCUAAAAACAUGUCACUCCGCACGUGGGGCUCUGUAUGCGUUAUAAGUGUAACGGAAAAUUUUACUAAUCGAUUAGAAGUGGUGAUGAUAGAGCUGUUGAAGAGUUACAUCUAAUCAAGACUUAUUAGUUCUAACUUAUGGACGGCUAACACAAGUAGCCCUUGUAUAGCUUUCCAUGAAUAUUUAAAACAAACCGAAUCGUCCAAUGCAUUAUCUGAAUACAAUAGGCAAAUUGUUUGGAAUUGAAUUUUUCCACAUGAACAUGACCUUACGCAUACGUGAACUAAGGGACCAGGUCAAAUACUUCUAUGGUUUAGAUACAGCCAAACCAAAUUUCAUAUUACUGAAAGCAUUAAACCAACAAUACAUUACGUUCCAAGGACUUUGUUAGAAUCUUUGAACCGAAUAAUGGGAUUGAUUGUCACUUUCAUAACUCACCUACUGUUCCAAGUAGAGCUAUAUCACGUCUCGAAUCUUCGAUCUUGUUAUCCGUACCCCAAGAUGCUAACCCUAGGCCAUGUCCAGCUGAAGUGGCACGAUAUUCAUGAAAGUAAUGUUUCAAGAAUAUAAUAAUAUUUCCGAGAAUGUGAAUUAUAUAUCAAUGAUUUAUUAAUUGUAUAUGCCUUAAACCAAGCAUUUAGAGAUUUAAUAACUAUGUAUAUUGAAGAAGAAUGUGAUCCUGGAUUUAAACAGAUUUCAAGAUUUUCGAAUCUUACCAAAUAGUAUUGAACUCGUACUUUCCUGGAAGUUUUGUUCAUCAAACUCGCUCAUCAGUAGAAACUACAACAGGAGCGAGAUUUGUAAGGUAAUAGAUUCACUAUGGCCGCCGAUAAGAAAUAUAAUUCCGAGAACCAGGCUUAUUUUAUAUUUUGGCUUUUUAAUUUUUAAGCCAAUUACUUCUUGAUAUACCGAAAGUGAAAAUUCGGGGCUUUUUCAGGACCAUGACUUAAAAACGUAAUUUCCAGUACUGAAUAUUUUUAAGUUUUCUUUUUCUUGUUAAUCGCAAAGUUUCAUAAUGAGCUAUAUCUCAGUGUUAUGAGUCCUCAAGCCUAACAACGAGGAUGCUUUGAAAUUUUGUAAUUAUUUAACGUCUAGAAAGGUAAAUGUUAAAAUAUUUUUUUGCUCAUUUUUCUGUAAGUAUAGCCAAAUAUUUUCAAUUAGAGUAAAAAUAUUAGUAAAAAAUAUAUAUAUUGAAAUGUAAAAUAAGCUGAAUAAA